AUGGCCAGGGUCGAUUUGAAGCUUGCUUCGCAAGAUGCUGCUGGCCUUGCGCAAGGCGACAAACUGGUGUGCCUCCUGCUCGGAAGCUUCUGUGACAUGCGAGAUAGAAUCGCACGAGGCCACGACCAGCGGCCGUGUGCAUCGAAACACAUCUCUGAAGAGACUUUGCAAGAGCUGCUGUUCACCUUGGGUCGUGGUCCUGCCACAGUCCGACUUCUGCAGUUGUUCGGAGUGAGCCUCAGGAGCAACUGCAAGAUCAACUUGCAGGCAGCUUGGCUUCCUCAGCCAGUUGCUGCACAUCGAAGCUUGGACAUCCUGAAAGAGAACUCAGCACGAGCACAGCAGUUGAUGGAGUGCUCGGAGACCCGCAAGUACUUUGUGGCCAUUGAUGAAGCCACGCCACACUUCUUCAUGCUCUUUCCGCUGGCGGACGCCUACUUCGGUCAGCCUCACUACGCCGCGCUGGAGUCGGUACUGUUUCACCACCCAGCCGCAUCUGUACUCGUCAUCGGUCUCGAGCGAGAUGGCUCCAUGUUCCAGGCAUACCAGCGCGAAGGCUAUUGUGUGGCCACGCUGCGUGCAGACAUGCCGGCGCUCGGCAAGGAGUUGGUAGCAGCCGUGGGAAGCGAGCACAGCUCCUCCAUUGAAGCUUUUUUGGAAAGCCACGGACAUCCGAAGACGGAAGCAGCGCUGCUUCGACUUUUCAAUGUCGUGCUCCUCGUCCUACAGGUGGCCGACGGAGGCACCAGUCUGCCUAUGGAUGGCGUGCUGCUGAAUCCAUGGGACUUCGCCCUACCUCCUGCACUCACCUUGCAGACGACUGGAGUCUUUCUCGAGAAACUGGAGGCCACAGGGGGGCCGAUGGUGCCUGGGGUGCCCGAGACUUCGGGGGAGGACUCCAGUCCGAAGCGGCGACGCAGCGGGGCAGGUGGAGCAGAGGGGCCCUGUGGGCGCGGAAAGAAGAACAAGGCACCUCCGGAUGGCUUCGAUUGGCAAGUGCUCAAACAGCUGCUCAGUGAACAGAAGGAGGUGGACCUCAAGCUGCAACAGGUAGACCACACCAUGCAAGCGAUGACUCAGAGGAUGCAGGCGAUGGAAGACAGGGUCGCCAAGAUGGAAGGGGACAGUACUGCCGGCCGUGGCUCGGACAUGGGAGACGGGUCGCGCAGACGCACCACCUUGGUCUUCGGGGGAUGGGAGAUGGACACGCCCAGGCAGACGAUUGUGGCUGAGGUUGAGGAAGCUCUCGCUAAGCUGGGGCUCUCUAAAUUCACCGAUACUGCCGCCUUCACGACUGGACCCAGAAGAAGUGUGGCCCUCAUGAACUUUGCGCUUAGGCCUGGAGAGUCGGAGACAGAUUGCAGAAGGAGGAUGCACGAGAUCGUGUCAGGGGUGGCCGCUGCUAAGCCUUUCACCUCGCACCAGCGCAGGAUGUGGGCCACGUACUCGAAGACCAAGCAGCAGCGCGAUGUGGCCGGCCACUGCUCCUGGACCAAACGUACCCUGGCGAGCUUCAACAAGGAACUUUUGCAACACAUUGACGCGGAGUACGGCACGGGGACCAUCUGGCUGGGAGACAAGGUCGUGGCUAGUGUUGCUCGUGCGCCACCGCAGGGGACCGAAGGGGAAGCAAUGCUGUGGGAUGACGAUAAGCCAGGGACUCGGCCGUGGGUGGACCUUGGGGCGAUCGCCAAGUUCUCGGGGAUCUCGAUGGUGGACCUUAAGGCGGCUAUUCCGUUCACAGCUUGGAACCUAGGGGGCAUUGCGGCUACCGACUACCCCCAGGUGGUGGCUGAUGUGAUGGCUCAGCUGCCGCAAGAUGCCUUGCUCUCCUUUCAGGAAAUGUGCAGGGAUACGCCGGGAUGGCAGACAGCUUUCCAUGGAACUUGGACGACUUUGCAACACCGACAUGCUGAUGUUUGGCGAGGUACGGGUAUUACUUUCAAUGCUGCUCGCUGGAAGGUGAUGCGAAAAAAGGAUGACGGGGACCCGGACGAGUCAGUCUAUAUGCAGGGCCAGGUUGUUCGCAAGCGAAAGUACACCAACGACAUCACGGAUGGAGCUCCCCCUGCAGAGGCGACACCUACCGAGCAAGACCUCCAACAUGAGCGAGAAGAACGAGAAUGGCAGGACCGCAGCAGGGGAGAACGUGAAAGGCAGCAGCUUGCACAUGAGGCCGAGGAGGCUGAGUGGGAGGCUAUGCAGGAAGCAGAUGCACUACGGCUGUGGCGCACCGUGGACGUGGAAACCUUGCCACCGCCCUCUGCCACCAUCCACCACAGGGUCAGGGUCAUGGUUGAGCCGAUUCCGGCGGUGGACACAGGGGGGACAGCGUCGUCGAGCGUGCCGCCUGCUGCGGUCAUGGAGUGCCGAGUUCCCCGACUUGUUCGUGGAGGCCUUCGGCUGAGCAUCGAGUUGGGAGAGGUCGGGGUGCCGACUGACGACCCCCAUGGCUCGGAGGCGCCUCCUGGUGCUACAUCGUCCUUCCACCGCUGGCCUCAGGCGCUCAUACCUGUGGCACCACAUGAAGAGCGGACUGGUGCUACGGAGCUGCUUUCCUUGAAUGCUGCAUAUGAGGCAUGGGCUCAGGGUCACUACACGGACAGCGACAUUCGGGGGAUGUACGGGGAUGACGUUGCUUCUACGUUCUUGGCCCAGUGGCUCGCGGUGCAGGAGGACUUCCUGGAUAGUGAGGACGGAUCAGCG